GCAUUCUGCACACAGAACACUUCCAGGCUGGCUGUUCACAUGCAGCUGCUUGAAUCUUACUCUCUAGAAACAGGAACAUAUGCAGGACUUUUUCUUCUGUUUUACUGUUCCAGUUUUUGCUUUUUAAGAGCUAAUAAAUAUUUUGUGUUGUGUGUUACCUGGCUCAAAGGAAAAUCCUGAUGCCUUGUGCCUCCUCGCACACGUGCUGCAGGACCAGUCCUCCGGCUCCGGUGGAACCCCGGACCUCCUACCUCCAGAUGGCUCCCCAGAGGCUCUACACUCUCUCCGUGAUGCUGGUGUGGAGCUGCGUGGUGGCCUCCUCCUCCUCCCACAUCCCAGUUGCUCCCCCACGAGACCUUCAGAUCACCGACCCUGGACUUUUAGGUCCUCUCGAUAUAGAGUGGAAACCUCCCCCCGACGUACAAACCUCCAGUGAAUGCACAGUAAAAUACAAGUUUGAAUAUCGUAACACUGGUGAUACAGACUGGAAGGUUAUUUUUACUAGGAGGCUAAAAUUCAGAGUUGGAUUUGACCUCAGCAGGACUGCUGAAGUGAAGGUGCAGACUCUGCUCGAAGGACGGUGUACCAAUGGUGUGGAGGUGCAAAGUGACUGGAUUUCUGCUACCUUUCCGGUCCCACUGCAAGGAAAACUGGAAUCACAGGUCCAGAAUUUCCACUGCAUCUAUCAUGACUGGGAAUACCUCAAGUGCACUUGGCAGCCAGGUCUCCUUGCUCCUCGUGGAGCACAUUAUGGGUUAUAUUAUUGGUACGAGGGGCUGGACCAGGCAGCACAGUGUGAUCACUACAUCCAGGACCAUGGCCUGAACGUGGGCUGCACUCUGCGAAACCUGAGCCAGGCAGAAUACCAGGAUCUCAACAUUUGUGUCAAUGGUUCGGCAGCAGCCACCCCGCUCCGGCCACUGUACAGCACCCUGCACCUCCACAACCUGGGUAAGGAAAGCAGCAGGGCUCUGGCGACCCCCAUGGCCACCACACACCCCAGGCUCACACCUUGUGUGAGGGGGCUCCAACAGAUGUGGGUGGGUGGCUGUAAUGUGUCUGGGUGGAUUUCCCCUCAGAGGAGGGGCUCUGGGGGACUUCAGUGUCCAGGAGUGUUUGCAGGUGAGCAACACCACUCAGUGCACACCCCAGAGGGUCAGAGGGUCCCUUCAAGUGCUGGGUUCAGCAGCUGGACAGCUUGGGACAUAAAUGGCAGAUGGCAGAGCAGCUAUGGGGUUUUUGGCUCUAGCAGCACUGUCACAGAAAUAUCUUCGUUUACUCCUGAUGGAAUUGAAACCACUGCUCUGCUCUUUGCAAGCACAGGGGAGCUCUUUAGGUGUUGCUGUUCAAACCAAGCUAAGGACUGGGAGGAACUGAGUGCAAGGUGUGAUGGGGUCUGUCAGAGCAGAGGUGGAUUUCAAACCCAUCAGAGACAGGGAAAGGAAGCAAAGCACAACAUGAUGUGCAAACCUUACAUGCACUUGGUCUUUAUUAUGGGCUGAUGCAUUCACCCACAUUCCAGAGAGAUAAAGGGCUAGUCCUCCAGCUAAGCCAUGGGCUAAUGAGCAGGAUUUCUGAAAUCAAUUAGUGCUGCCAUGCGCUUCAUAUGUGGCUUUGGGCAUUUGAUAUAAACCAAUCUUUCCUGGGAUUCAGAGAGUGUCAGGCCAACACUGCUGUGGUGUGUCAGUGCAGGGGCCAAGGCCAAGGGAGGGCUGGCUGGCUGCAACAUGAGGGGGGCAUGCCAAGCACAGGGCUCACACCCCAGUGUUUCAAAACCCCUGCACUGCAGUUCAGAACAAGGACCUUGUCCAGCCUAUGUGCCAAGUCAAAAUAAAUAACACACCCUCCAGCCUCUGUGACAUCCUGCUCCUCCAGCAUCCUGGCUGAGAGCAAAGGGAGCUCAGAAAUCCCAUCAACAGGGAAAAAGGGACGGAGGGCGGUGGUGAUUAACUGAAGCCUUUCCACCAGGAGCUGUCUGAGUGCACCUCUUGACCUUCUCUCUUUUUGCCCCCCUUCCAGCCAAGCCCUCCCCCCCGAGGCAGCUGGUGGUGUCCGUGUCUGCAGCCGAGGAGCUCCGCGUGGCGUGGAGCCCCCCGG